CUUUGACCCUGUAAAGUCACUGCCCGGAGCUAAGAUGGCGGCGUCGGUGGCAGCUGCAGCCCGGAGGCUGCGGCGGGCCAUUCGAAGGUCGCCCGCAUGGCAGGGCCCCAGCCAUCGGCCGCUCUCAUCGGAGCCCGCUGCAGCCCAGGCCUCGGCGGUGAGGGCUGCCUUUCUGAACUUCUUUCGGGACCGCCAUGGCCACCGACUGGUACCCUCCGCUUCCGUGCGGCCCCGCGGCGACCCCAGUUUGCUUUUCGUCAAUGCGGGCAUGAAUCAGUUCAAGCCCAUUUUUCUGGGCACCGUGAAUCCACGAAGUGAGAUGGCAGGCUUCCGACGUGUGGCCAACAGCCAGAAAUGUGUGAGGGCUGGAGGACACCAUAACGACCUGGAAGAUGUGGGCCGAGACCUUUCCCAUCACACCUUCUUUGAAAUGCUUGGCAAUUGGGCCUUUGGGGGUGAAUAUUUUAAGGAGGAGGCUUGUAGCAUGGCCUGGGAACUGCUGACUCAGGUCUAUGGGAUCCCUGAGGAAAGACUCUGGGUCUCCUACUUUGAUGGUGACCCCAAGGCAAGGCUGGACCCAGACCUGGAGACCAGGGACAUCUGGCUGAGCUUAGGGGUGCCUGCUAGCCGUGUGCUUUCCUUUGGACCCCAAGAGAACUUCUGGGAGAUGGGGGAUACUGGCCCUUGUGGGCCCUGUGCUGAGAUCCACUAUGACCUUGCUGGUGGGUUGGGAGCCCCGCAGCUGGUAGAGCUUUGGAAUCUGGUCUUCAUGCAACACAACAGAGAGGCAGAUGGAAGCCUGCAGCCCCUGCCCCAGCGGCAUGUGGACACGGGAAUGGGCUUGGAAAGGCUGGUGGCCGUGCUGCAAGGCAAACACUCCACCUACGACACUGACCUCUUUUCCCCACUGCUCAGCGCCAUACACCAGGGCUGCAGGGUACCCCCUUACUUGGGCCGGGUAGGGGUGGCAGAUGAGGGGCGCACAGACACAGCGUACCGCGUGGUAGCUGACCACAUCCGCACACUCAGCAUCUGCAUCGCUGAUGGCGUCUUUCCUGGGAUGUCAGGUGCCCCGUUGAUUCUUCGUCGGAUCCUCCGUCGAGCUGUGCGUUUCUCCACAGAGAUCUUAAAGGCACCACCUGGCUUCCUAGGCAGCCUGGUGCCUGUAGUGGUGGAGACAUUGGGAGAUGCUUAUCCGGAACUGCAAAGGAACUCAGCCCAGAUAGCCAACCUGGUGUCAGAGGAUGAAGCAGCCUUCCUGGCCUCCCUGCAGCGGGGUCGGCGGAUCAUUGAUCGGACUCUGAGGAGCCUGGGGCCUUCAGAUAUGUUCCCUGCUGAGGUGGCCUGGUCCUUGUCACUGGCUGGAGACCUGGGGCUUCCCUUGGACCUGGUAGAGCUGAUGCUGGAGGAGAAAGGGGUGCAGCUAGACUCCGCUGGGCUAGAACGUUUGGCCCAGGAGGAAGCUCAGCACCGGGCACAGCAGGCUGAGCCAGUUCAGAAGCAGGGAUUGUGGCUUGAUGUCCAUGCUCUGGGGGAGCUGCAGCGCCGAGGAGUGCCCCCAACUGACGACAGCUCCAAAUAUGACUACUCUUUGCAACCCAACGGAGGUUAUGAGUUUGGUGCCUGCGAGGCCCAGGUGUUGCAGCUGUAUACAGAGGACGGGAUAGCAGUGGCCUCCGUGGGGAAAGGCCAGCGCUGUGGCCUCCUCUUGGAUAAGACCAACUUCUACGCAGAACAGGGGGGCCAGGCUUCAGACCGUGGCUACCUGGUGCGGGCAGGGCAAGAGGAUGUGCUGUUCCCAAUAGCCCGUGCCCAGGUCUGUGGGGGUUUCAUUCUGCAUGAGGCAGUAGCCCCUGAGUGCCUGCAGAUAGGGGACCAGGUGCAGCUGCAUGUGGAUAAGGCCUGGCGUCUGGGCUGCAUGGAGAAGCACACGGCCGCCCACCUGCUGAACUGGGCACUGCGGCAGACCCUGGGCCCUGGCACAGAGCAGCAGGGCUCCCAUCUCAAUCCUGAGCGGCUGCGCUUCGAUGUGGUCACCCAGACCCCAUUGACUCCAGAGCAGCUCCGAGCGGUGGAGAACACCGUGCAGGAGGCUGUGAGGCAGGAUAAGGCCGUGUACAUGGAGGAGGUGGCCUUGGCGCUCACUGCCCAGGUCCCUGGCCUGCGCACUCUGGAUGAGGUUUACCCAGACCCUGUGCGAGUGGUGUCAGUGGGGGUGCCCGUAGCCCAUGCAUUGGACCCGGCCUCCCAAGCCGCACUGCAGACCUCUGUGGAGCUAUGCUGUGGGACGCACCUGUUACGUACAGGGGCUGUAGGGGACCUGGUUAUCAUCGGGGAGCGCCAGCUUUCCAAAGGCACCACCCGCCUACUGGCUGUCACGGGGGAGCAGGCCCAGCAGGCCCAAGAGCUAGGCCAGAGCCUGGCCCAGGAAGUGAAAGCAGCCACUGAGCGGCUGAGUCAAGGGAGCCGGGAUGGGGUGGAGGCACAUCGGCUAUCCAAGGACAUAGGACGACUCAUUGAAGCUGUGGAGACUUCUGUGAUGCCCCAGUGGCAGCGACGGGAGCUGCUGGCCACACUGAAGAUGCUGCAGCGGCGUGCCAACACUGCCAUCCGUAAGCUGGAGAUGGGGCAGGCUGCAAAGAAAACCCAGGAGCUGCUGGAGCGGCACUCGAAGGAACCUCUGAUUGUGGACACAGUCUCUGCUGAGUCCCUCUCAGUGCUGGUGAAGGUCGUACGGCAGCUGUGUGAGCAGGCCCCCAAUACAUCUGUGCUCCUACUCAGCCCCCAGCCUUUGGGGAAGGUGUUGUGUGCCUGUCGGGUGGCCCAGGGUGCCACGCCCACCUUCACAGCUGAGGCCUGGGCACUGGCAGUGUGCAGCCACAUGGGGGGCAAGGCCUGGGGCUCGAGAGUGGUGGCCCAAGGCAAUGGAAGCACUGCUGACCUGGAAGCUGCCCUCAACACAGCCCGAGCCUAUGCCCUCAACCAGCUCUGACCCAGGCCCACCCAGGGACCCGCAUGGACUAAAGGCAAGUGCCAGGUUGCCCUGAAGGAGCCAGCAGAACUCCCCACAGGCUGAAGAAAGGACUAGAGACUGGAGGCCAGCAGCUGAGCCAAAGAGGACCAUGUGGACCAGGCCCUGCAUGAUACAAGGAGAUAACGGGCUAGGGAACGCAGAAGUGGGCCCAGAGACACACACCCCCUUGGUGAAUGAGAAGACAUAUGGUUGUGAUUGCACAUUAGAAAUUAUUGCACAGAGGAUAGGAAGCUCCAGAAGGUUCUAUUUGAAAAAGAACACUGUUUCCCCUCCCAGCAACCUGGUAUGGGUGCCCUAACACCAGUCUGAACUCAAAACUAUCUGAAAGGCCACCUGGGAUCCAAAUCGGGCCAUCCUCAUUGCCAUGAGUGCUCAGACAGGCUCUGCAUGCCUGGCAAUGGUGGGCACCGACAAUAGGCUCCCUGGCUACCGGGAAGAUACAGAAUCAUCCUGUGAAAAUCA